UGAUUAAUAGUUAAUAACUUCCAGUUCAAAUACUUUCGAAUUAGAGUCGUCGCAUAGCCUAUGUGUUAACUGCGUGAUGCAGUUCGGUUAGUGUGUGCGUGUAAGCGCUCCCUUUGUUGACUUGCUCUGGCUUGCUGCGUUCCCUGGCGCUCCCCCUACUCCAUUCGCCCAAACGAAGAAAUUUUCCGGAGGAAUAAACUUUUAUAACAAAGCUGAGCCUAGCAGCCCGAGAGGCAGUAGCCCCAAGACCUACUUCAACUUGAACGACUUGAGUAUGUGGAGGAAAAAAACAGCCCUAGGGGAGUCUGCAGCAUGCCUCGUACUUCUCGCAGUACUCUGCGAUGCCCAUCGAUUCUUGACACAGAGUAAAGCUUCCCAGUUUCUGCUGCGUCACCGACGGGCGAACACCCUCUUUGAGGAGAGCAAGAAGGGUAACCUGGAGAGGGAGUGCAUCGAGGAGCUUUGCAACAAAGAGGAAGCAAGAGAAAUUUUUGAGAACUACCCUGAAACCGAGUACUUCUAUCCAAAGUAUAUUGUGUGUCUCGGAUCGCACCGUGUGGGAAUCAACACGCAGGACUUCAACCCCAGCGUCCCACAAGAUCUUCGGACUUGUGUAAAAGAGAUUAGUGACCAGUGCUUGCCGAUGCCAUGUUAUCACGAUGGUACAGAGCGUUGUGUCGAUGGCCAGGGCGCCUUCACAUGUGUGUGUAAACCUGGUUGGAAGGGCCCUCGCUGUGAGGAUGACAUCAAUGAAUGCAGUGAUCCAGAGUUCCCAGCGGGAUGCAAUCAGAAGUGUUAUAACUUCCCUGGCAGCUAUCGUUGUCUGUGUGAAGUUGGUUAUUACGCCAACGACAACAGCGACACAAUUUGUAAAGAUAUUGAUGAAUGUAUGCUGUAUCCUAGCAGCUGUGCGGAGCCUGCCCAGUGCGUGAACACGCCGGGCAUGUAUGAAUGCAGAUGUCCCUCUGGCUUUAAGUACAACUUCACUGCUCGAGAGUGCCAGGAUGUGGAUGAGUGUGAGCAGAGUGUGUGUCAGGGUGAGUGUGUGAACUCGGUGGGCAGCUACUCAUGUCUGUGCGAUGGCCGUAAGGGUCUUCGUCUGGAUUCCGACGGCUGGACUUGUGUGGAGAUCCCCGAGUGCGUGCAGCUCCAAGAUGACAGACACUCCGAGAUGCUUUACCUCGGCGAACAGUUCGCUGGAUUGCCCGUCAUUUAUCUACGCUUCCGACUGCCAGAGAACACCAAGUUUGCUGCAGAGUUUGACUUCCGCACCUUUGACCCUGAGGGGGUGGUGCUGUAUGCGGAGUCGUCGCAGGACUCGUGGUUCAUGUUGGGACUCCGAGGUGGUCGCAUCGAGGUCCAGUUCAAGAACCAGCACUCCCUGAAGGUCACCAGCGGUGGAAAGGCCAUCAAUGAUGGAGAAUGGCAUGUGAUAUCAGUGGAUGAAUUGGAGAACAGCAUCAGUGUGAAGAUCAGUAAAGAGGCUGUGAUGAGUAUCACCAGUCCAGAGAGCCUCUUCACAUCAGUCAACGGGAAACUGGAGACCAAAGUUUACAUCGCCGGCCUGCCAAACCGUACCGACAGUGUAAUCAAACCGAUUAAUCCGCGGUUAGAUGGUUGUAUUCGGGGAUGGAAUUUGAUGAACCAGGGGGCAUCGGGGGUCAAAGAGGUGAUUCAGGGGAAGGAGAGCAAGCACUGCUUUGUACACGUGGAGCCAGGGUCCUUCUUCUCCGGUGCUGGGCUUGCCCAUUUCAACAUAGACUACAGUGAGGCAGGAUCCUGGAAGGUCAAUAUAAAGAUGAUUAUUCGACCAUCCAAAAGCACAGGGGUCCUUUUUGCACUCGUUGCCAAUAACACAGCCCCACUAUCAGUUGCUGUUGUCACGCAAGGACCAAACGAUUCUGACUUGCAGUUGUUCCUGGAUGGUGUUGCUGUGGCAACUCUGCAAACGCUGAUGCUAUGUUACCCCGAGCGACUAGAGGUGGAGUUCAGUGUGUCAGAGAGAGAGCUUCAGAUUUUGGCCAACUCCUCCAUCUCAAAUGUGUCUUACAUGACACAGCCUCUGCUGCUGGAAGCUUUGUCUCACCUGAAUCAGACCAUGCAGGGACCCGUUGACACCUACAUUGGAGGACUUCCUGAUCUUCCCAUCGCAUUUACGCCCGUCACAGCCUUCUACCAUGGAUGUAUAGAGAUCUCUGUGAAUGGACAGCAACUGGACUUUGAUGACGCUUUUAGCAAGCACAACAGCAUCAAGUCCCACUCUUGUCCCCCUGUGUUAACUUGACCCAUCCAUCGCCCUUUAGGAGAAGCGGUCACAGGCAGGUUUCUGUGGUACGUCAAUAGAUCGCUCUGAUUCAAAAGUAAGAGCAAAGAAAGCCAGAUAAUAGUUUUUUAGUGAUGAAUGUUGGCUGGUUUGUAUUGCACAAUUAAUCUCAACCCACACACACACACACAGCACGCUCAAAGUACACAGUCGCUCUGAUAUUCUCAGGUAACUGUUGUCCCUGGUCCUACUUUUGUGACGUGGAGUACCUCAGCCAGUCGUUUUUUUGAGCCUGGGAUGUUAUUCACAUGUGAGGACAGCUGCAUUCCAUUGGUAUCUGCCACUGGAUGCAGUUUCCCUCCGAACAAACUCAUUGUAGUGAACUUGGUAUAAUGAAGGGCAUUCUAAAAUGUUUUAACAUGAAAAAAAAUUCUCCUGUGAAAAAAAGUUGGGCUGAAUCCUAGAUGAAGGCCUAUAGUCAUUAUCACUAAAUAGCUAGAUUUAUGAUCACCAAAUGUCUCUUGGACAUGUCUUGUCUAAAGCACCUGUACCUGUUAAACAUAUUCAAUCAAAACCUUAACGGGCACCAAGCAUUUCCUCUCCAUUGAAACCUACAGUAUUACAAGGAACAGGCUUACCAUGGCUUAAUGUUCCUAAUUUUAGAAUGUGCCAUAUAAUUAAUAUGAUAUAACAUUUGUAGACUAAAACUGUGUAGUGAUCUUUUUCACUUUUUAAAGAUUUAGAGAUGGCACUGUUAACUGGCUAUAGCACGUAUUGAGGGAACAGGUAUUGAAAGCAGUGUUGGUGUUACAAUGGUUAGCAUAGUUGCUUAGAGUUGACCUGGGUUCAAUUUUCAGCCCAAUGAAAAAUGAGUGUUGCAGGGACUUUCUGAGUGUUAAAGAAAACUCCAGGAUUCUUUAAACUAAACUCUAUUCAUAGCCACUGCUGUAGCACAGUCAUAUGGAUUUUGUCAAAGUUGUUUUUUUUUCCACAAGAGAUUUUCGGUGACAAAACCAGGGUCUCUGGUGCACCUGUACAAAUUAAACGUGCUGUACUUGUAGCUCCAUGGGGCUGAUACGUCCAAAAAGAGUUCCAGCCACCAACAACCAAUCAAAAGCAGCAAACAAGAUAUGUCUGUGCUUACAGUUGGAUAGAAAAGUUUGCAUCCUUAUUCAUUUGUUUAAUUUACCAGUUUCCAAGUUAAAAGUGCCUCAGCUAAAGCCAAGAUGCAAUAUCAGCACUGAUAGUCAGCACUGAUAGUCAGAAAUGUAGUUGAACCCCUUGGCAUAUUUCCAAAAUGGCCGCCGUAUUACUAAUAUACAAAAAAUGUUUCAAAAUGUAUUUAAGACAACAUACAAGUGCAGUUGUAGAAGUAGGGGUUGGGGAGCAUGCUUUAUUUUCUUCGCAUAAUAAGUGGCACCACCAUGUGGCGGUCAUAAUAUGCAUUGCCACAACCACAGAAAGUAGUUCUAAUGUAGUAUAAAUAAAUACUAUGUCAAUGUACUGUAAAUCCUGACUAAAGCAGGUUGUUUCACUACCUCCUUAUACCCCAUGUAACACCCACAAACGUAACUUAAUAUCUUACAGCCCAUCUUUCACUUUCAUUGCCAUUUACAGCUUUGUGUACUUUAUAAAUACAGACACACAUGUGAAUAUGAACAGGGGUGUUUUAUUGGAAAUAUUAAAAGAAAUAAGGUCUGACAAUACAGCAUAAACUAUAUUAAGCACACUGUAUCAGAGAGUUCCUGUGUGCAGGCAAUGAAAAGCAGCAUCCUCAGGGACUCCCCUCCACAUUCCAUUCAUCACACGCUGUGCUUUACUCAUUACUCUAUUUUUGUUAUAUUGCAUUAGUUAGUGGAACCCAUGUGAAGGCGCAUGCUUAACAACAACUGACUGAAGUAUUUCAUGCCCCUGGGGGGUAUUCCAAGUACGUGGUGUAGUGACAAACCUGGGUAAGUUAACUCAGAGUAAGUGGUAAAUCUCC